UUGCUUCAGGGUCACUAUUGUGUCAGACGACAGCCGCCCGGUGACGAAAUUUAUAGGAAAGGAAACCUAUCUGUGUUUGAAGUUGACGGAAAAGUGAAUAAGGUCGACCAAAUUGGUGCACAUGUUGUUGGACAUUUUUCUAAAGAGCGUAUGUCGGCAAAUAAUUUAGCGUGCAUUAUGGUAUUGCCACCAUUCCAACGCAAGGGUUAUGGCAAGCUGCUAAUUCAGCUGAGCUACGAAUUAUCAGCGAGGGAAGGAGUCAUUGGAACGCCUGAGAAACCUUUAUCAGAUUUGGGUAAGGUUAGUUACCGUAGUUAUUGGUGGUAUGUCAUUUUGGGGACACUCGAUAGUUUGGACAUCGAUGAUAUUACGGUAGCCGACUUGAGUUUGUAUUCAGGCAUUGCUGAGGACGAUAUAAUGUCAACUUUACAGACAAUGCAGUUAAUUAAGUACUGGAAAGGUGACCAUGUGGUGAGGAUGACGCGGAGGCUUGUUGAUUACUGUCGUUCAAUCAAUAUGGGUCGUCCUCCAAAAUUACGUCUUGAUCCUAAGUUUCUUAGAUGGGAACCAAAAGCAGAAAAACCUUUAUCACGUAAAGAAUCCAAGUUAAGCGGUUUACAUGCGUGA